GGUGUCCUUUAAAAAGGACGGCGGCUGCACCAUGACCUGACCUCUCCUCCCCGGCUCUUCCUGGAGAUUCCAAGGUUCCCAGAGCCGGACGAGGGACGGGGGUGCCCACACAUAAACACACACAGGAAAUAGGCUGUGACACGGAGGCCACGAGGCCUGGACCCUUGGCGCCGGCCUGGGCCGAGGGACAGACCGGCCCGGGGUGGGGGCGCAGUUUGGGCUGCUGCGGAUGCAGGGCACAGUGAUCUUCACCCUGCUCCUGAGACUGUGUCUGCUCUGGGAUGUGCGCCGGCUGGGGCACAGUGUCUGGGAGCCCCCCAAACCCUCCUGAAGGCCGCCCAGCCCAGCGCCCAGGGCCCACCCCACCAGAGCCAGAGCCCCUAGCCCUCGAAGGGCCCCAGGCUGGAGCAGAGGGGCCCCCCAGCCCUGAGGCACCCCGGAGCCCUGCCAGGGGCGCGUACCUGCAAAGCCUAGAAUCCAGCAGCCGCAGAUGGGUGCUGGGAGGGGCCAAGCCCCCGGAGGAGGCGCCUCUGGGACCGGGAAUUCCUAGCAGUGGGGAACCCGCUGGCGAGAUCUGGUACAACCCCAUCCCUGAGGAAGACCCCAGACCCCCAGCUCCUGAGCAGGGCUCUGCUGAGCCGGAGAGCCCAACCCACCAAGGUGCCGCCCCUGCAAGCCCCCCAACCAAAACCUCCCGCACCAAGUCCCCAGGCCCCGCCAGGCGCCUCUCCAUCAAGAUGAAGAAGCUGCCCGACCUUCGCCGCCGCCUGAGCCUUCGGGGGCCCCGGGCCAGCCGGGAGCGUGAGAGGGCCGCCACGGCGGGCUCGGUCAUCAGCCGUUACCACCUGGACAGCAGUGUGGGGGCCUCCGGGCGGACGGCAGCCACCUGCAGCACUCGGAGCCCCAGGGCCGGGUACCUCAGCGACAGUGACUCUCCCGAGCGCCCCACAGGGCCCCCUGCGUCCACUGCCUCCUUUCAGCCCUACCAAGCAGGCCCGGCGGCCCGGGUGCCCCCGGCUGCCCUCUGGGGCCGCCUCAGUCUGCACCUGUAUGGGCUUGGUGGGCUGCGGCCAACGCCAGGGGCCACCCCGAGAGACCUCUGCUGCCUGCUGCAAGUGGAUGGGGUGGCACGAGCCCGCACGGGGCCCCUUCGAGGAGGGCCGGACUUCCUGCAGCUGGACCACACCUUCCAUCUGGAGCUGGAGGCCGCCCGGCUCCUACGGGCCCUGGUGCUUGCUUGGGACCCUGGCGUGAGGCGGCACCGACCCUGCGCCCAGGGCACGGUGCUGCUGCCCACGGUCUUCCGAGGCUGCCAGGCCCAGCAGCUGGCCGUCCGCCUGGAGCCCCAGGGGCUGCUGUAUGCCAAGCUCACCCUCUCAGACCAGCAGGACGCACCCUCCGAGGCUGAACCCCGUGUCUUCGGGCUGCCCCUGCCACUGCUGGUGGAGCGGGAGCAGCCCCCCGGCCAGGUGCCCCUCAUCAUCCAGAAGUGUGUUGCACAGAUUGAGCGCCGAGGGCUGCGGGUAGUGGGCUUGUACCGUCUGUGCGGCUCAGCGGCGGUAAAGAAAGAGCUUCGGGAUGCCUUUGAGCGGGACAGCGCAGCUGUCUGCCUCUCUGAGGACUUGUACCCUGACAUCAACGUCAUCACAGGCACCCUCAAGGAUUACCUUCGAGAGCUGCCCACCCCACUCAUCACCCAGCCCCUGUAUCAGGUGGUCCUGGAGGCCAUGGCCCGAGGGCCCCCAAGCAGAACUCCCCCAAGUCCCGAGGGCACCCGAGGGCUCCUCAGCUGCCUGCCGGAUGUGGAAAGGGCCACGCUGACGCUUCUCCUGAACCACCUGCGCCUCGUCUCCUCCUUCCACGCCCACAACCGCAUGACCCCGCAGAACCUGGCCGUGUGCUUCGGGCCCGUGUUGCUGCCGGCGCGCCAGGCACCCUCUCGGCCCCGCAUCCGUGGCUGUGGCCCAAGCGUCACCAGCGCCGUGGACUUCAAGCGCCACAUCGAAGUGUUACACUACCUGCUGCAAGCCUGGCCAGAUCCCCACCGGUCCCCAGAGGCUCUGGACGUUGCACCGUACAUGCGGCCCAAACAACCAUCCCUGCACUUGCCGCUAGCGAGCCCAGAGGUGGUGACGCGGCCUCGCGGUCGAGGAGGCCCAGAAAGCCCUCCAAGCAACCGAUAUGCUGGCGACUGGAGCGUGUGUGGGCGGGACUUCCUGUCUGGACCUGACUAUGACCACGUGACGGGCAGUGACAGCGAGGAGGACGAAGAGGAGGAGGCAAGGGAACAAAGAGGCGCUGGCGACUUUGAGGAUGAGUUUGAUGCGCCCUUCAAUCCACACCUGAAUCUCAAAGACUUCGACGCCCUCAUCCUGGACCUGGAGAGAGAGCUCUCCAAGCAGAUAAACGUGUGUCUCUGAGCGGUGGGGCGGGGCCCUUAGCAUCCCCAAGAUGGGGUUGCUCCUGGUUGCUAGGGGGGUUGCCAAGGGGCCAGCUUCCUCCGCUAAGUCAUUCCCAGUGUCCAGUGCCCUUAUGUGGGUACCAGUUGUAAAGGCCAGGCCCAGGGCUUUCGGGAUCAUAGCCGCCGUGGCCGUCUUCCCGAGCGCCUGGACUUCUUGGCCUUCGUUGCCCAAAGACGGUUCUCCUGCUUGCUAGGCUGGCCUCUCUUGCCACCCCUCUGCUGGGGUACACACCAGUUACUGUGAGCAUCACUCUGGGGUGCUAAGACACCCCGUUCAGGCCUCUUGCUGCUGCCAACCAAAUCAGUAUUAGCUUCGAGCACUGCGCUCUGUGUCUCCCUCCUCUGGAGGGCCCAAGCACGAUCCCCAGGUGCUGUCCGAGGGUAGGUGACCCCUAUUCUGACUCCAGCUGGAUAGGGGCAGCCUGGGGCUUGCAGACACAGCUGGUUUCCUUCCCCACCCUGUUUUCCAGGGAAGACCCCGUGAUAGGCCUGCAGCCAACCAAUAGAGAGGGCAGAGCCUGGGCCCUGCCUUCCUCCCCUCCCCAUCCUGACCCCAAAAAAACCAUUGAGCACUUAGCCCCUCCCUUUCAGAGGGGCCCUCCCCACCUGAAGUGUCAGGCUGGGGCACUUUGGUACGGAACCUAUUUAUUGCCUCCGUGCGUGUGUGUGUGUGUGGACCAGUGUGUGUGGACCUGUCUGGAGAUCGGGGUUGUGGAACUUCCAGGGACCACAGAGGGGGGGAGAUUUCACCCUGCCAGGUACCCUGAAGUCCCCAGGAAUCCAGUGGGAGAGUAAGGUCCCCUCCUGUCUCCCUCUUCUUUCCCUCACCUCCAUCUUUGUGGAUAAUAAAUCAAUAUGCACAGGU